ACCCAAAACCACAUUAAACACUCCUAAAAUAAAUGCAAAUAACAAUCUCCAUCAUCACUGUCAUUUUAGCUUGUUUUUAACUCCAAAAUUACAAAGUUAGAAUAGAAUCGCUUCUACUUCACUCACUCUCUCUAUUUUUCACUUACUUUUUUUUUUGAUAAUAAGUUUAUAGUUAUAGCUCUCCCACCAUAACCUACCCCCAAAUCUAACCAUUUAUUUUAUGUAAUUAUGGCAUCUUUUUUGCAUUUAAUUUAUAAUCUUAGUCCGUGAUCAUUAAUUCAAUUCAUAAUGACUUCAAUUCAUUUCAUAAUUGUUUGAGCUUGAAAAAAAUAUUGAAAAAUUUGGAAUAAGUAAAAGAUAGUUUGAGAGAGAAUGGAAAUGGAGCGGCAAAUCAGACCGGAGAAUCCGGCUAUGACGUUCGAUGAGGUUUCUAUGGAGCGGAGUAAAAGCUUCGUCAGAGCGUUGCAGGAGCUGAAAAAUCUGAGGCCUCAGCUUUACUCUGCUGCAGAAUAUUGUGAAAAGUCUUAUCUUCAUAGCGAGCAGAAACAGAUGGUGCUAGACAACUUGAAAGACUAUGCUGUGCGAGCUCUUGUUAAUGCUGUCGAUCACCUUGGUACUGUGGCUUACAAGUUAACUGACCUUAUUGAAAAACAAACAUUAGAUGCCUCGACUAUGGAACUAAAGGUUUCCUGUAUGAAUCAGAAACUUCUUACCUGCCAAACAUAUAUGCAUAAGGAGGGUCUCAGACAGCAGCAGUUGUUGGCAUUAAUCCCGAGACAUCACAAACAUUAUAUUUUACCAAAUUCUGUUAACAAGAAGGUGCAUUUUAGCCCACAAGUACAAACAGAUGCAAGGCAAAAUCCAUUUCAAGCGAGGUCUCGUCUCCAACCUUCAGGUUCCCCAGCAUCAAAAACUCUCUCUUGGCAUUUAGCAUCUGAGACAAAAUCUACAUUGAAAGGAACUUCAAAUGCCUUGACAAGUGCUGAAGACCCAAAAAGCUCUGGAAAACCUUCUGUGGUCUUUCAACUAGUGGACAAAGAAGACAGCACGCGAACAAGAUCAUCGGCUUCUCUUUCUCAGUUAUCAAGUGGAGGUCCUGCACCCGGUGGACUCAUGCAAACAUUUGGUGUCACACGCAGGGAAGCAUUGGAAGGUACAAAGCCUAUGGCAGCAUUCAGAUCAUUCGACAAUCCAAGGCGUGAUAUAGUACGUGCUCCUGCUCGCAGUAAAAGUAUGUUAUCAGCUUUCUUUGUCAAACAAAAAACGUCAAAGCUGAAUGCUGGCUCCGUCUCAUGAACUCUCCGGGUCUCGUAACAUUGAGCUGUUUACGGCGAUUCUGCAGACUACAUCACUCGGCAGUAAAUGUCUUCUAUUCUUGUCGAUAAUGACCUGUUUCUUGAUCACUAAUUUCCUAGGGCUGAAAAUAUAUUUUAAUCCAUUCUAAUCCUUACACUUGGUUCUAAUAAUGAGCAUGUUGUGCAUAGAUAUCCAGUAAUGAAAAAUAAUCAUGAUUGUCUGUC